AAUGGCUGUUCCUUACAUCUCUCUCUCACAUCUCAAUCAAAUUUCCAUUCUCAAACACACACCCAUCAAUCAAAGUUUCUACCCAACUUGAAGGAAAAAACCCACAGACACCAAGUCAUGUUCUCAACUGGGUUGUUUCUAUUUUCGCCACUUUACACUCCCAUCCUCUGUUCUCCAAUACAUGUCACCCAAAACCCACAAAAAUUCCGGCCCAUUUCCAAGCUUUCACCGCCCAAUUCCUGCAACACGAUGGCUGCAACGACUUCUACAACCAGUUUUGGAUUCAGGAACUUGACAGCGACUUUCACUGUGGAUGUGCAGAGAGCAGAGAAUAGAGCUUUGAAUGUCCCUUUGAUUGCACCGUUUACUAUUGCUUCGUCGAGGCUGGAAAGAGUGGAGAAUGUGGCCAUUAGGAUUGAGCUGAGUAAUGGGUGUGUGGGUUGGGGUGAAACUCCAAUCUUGCCUGGUGUGACUGCGGAGGAUCAGAGCAUAGCUAUGGCAAAGGCGGCUGAAGCUUGUCAGUUGCUGAAGAAAAGUCCGGUGAUGACUUUGUGCUCGCUGUUGGAGGAGAUUGGUAGGAGUCUUCCUGGACAUGAGUUUGCUUCUGUGAGGGCAGGAGUCGAAAUGGCAGUGAUUGAUGCAGUUGCUAAUAGCAUUGGUGUGCCCUUGUGGAGACUCUUUGGUGGAGUUUCAAAUACCAUUACGACUGAUAUAACAAUUCCAAUCGUUUCCCCAGCUGAAGCUGCGGAACUGGCUUCCAAGUAUGGCAAUCAAGGAUUCAAGACUUUGAAGCUUAAGGUAGGAAAGAAUCUGAAAGCUGAUAUAGAAGUUCUUCAGGCCAUACGCAAGGCACACCCCGAGUGCCUUUUUAUCUUGGAUGCUAAUGAAGGUUACAAACCAAAGGAAGCAAUUGAAGUUCUUGAAAAAUUACACGAAAUGGGGGUCACUCCUGUCCUUUUUGAACAACCAGUUCAUAGAGAUGAUUGGGAGGGUCUUGGUCAUGUUACACAUAUUGCAAAAGACAAAUAUGGGGUAUCUGUUGCUGCUGACGAAAGCUGUCGGAGCUUAGAUGACGUUAAGAAAAUAGUCCAAGGAAAUCUUGCAGAUGUGAUUAACAUUAAACUUGCUAAAGUUGGAGUUAUGGGAGCCCUUGAGAUUAUUGAGUUGGCAAGGACAUCUGGUUUAAGUCUGAUGAUUGGUGGUAUGGUUGAGACUAGAUUGGCCAUGGGCUUUGCUGGCCAUCUUGCUGCUGGCCUUGGGUGUUUCAAGUUCAUUGACCUAGAUACACCCCUUUUGCUAUCAGAAGAUCCAGUUUUUGAGGGUUACCAUGUCUUGGGCGCGGUUUACAAGUUCACAAAUGCUAGAGGCCAUGGUGGUUUCCUUCACUGGGACAACAUUGCUUGAAAUCUGAACUUAGGUUGGUUCCCUUUUCUGGAACUGCAAGCAGAGCUUAUAAGAUUCUCUCGGUUGUGAAAUUCUUUCUAUAGCUUGGCAGGCCUCCAUUUUUAGAGGGUCUUCCUGACAAAUGAGAGAUGGGGCACAGGUGAUCUCUGCUUGUAUUAUUGUCCUCAGGUGAAACAUCUACGUCAAUUACUCUAAUAUUAACCACGUUAUCAAAUUUCUUCAGCUUUUGGGAAUAGUUGACUUUGUAAUAAUUACAAUUUGAAAUUAAAUUGCCAGUAACAUUUCCAAUAAACAGCUCUUGUACUUAGUAAUUGAGAAGCUGGCCACAUUAUUUGA